UGUAGUAAACACGUGACUGUUUUGAUUUCAGUUUUGGUUUUGGUUUUGGUUUUAUAUAAUUGUCCUGUACUUAAACCUUCAGCCUCUAUUGAUAGUUCAAUACUUGAACAUUGUUGUUAAAACUACUAUAAAACAUGGUGUUUUACAAGAUUUGUGUGAUGGUUAUUUGUUGUUUGUUUUCUGUGUUUUUAAUCAAAAACGCACAUGGACGUAUUUGUGGUAAAGGAAAUCAUAAUGGAUCAACUGGUGAAUUGGUUCCUCACAGCCAAAACUUAGCAGGAGAAACAUGUAAGUGGCACAUAUUUCCAGAACAUAAUGAUAUGCCAGAGACAUUUUUGGUUUUUGAAGAGUUUGAAUUGGAUUCUCAAGACAAAUGCACCAUUGGCAAGUACAAUGGAUCAGUUUUAUUUGGACCUUUCUCUGGCAAGAUGGGAACAUUCAGUAUAUUGGCGGGUUACUUAUAUCUGGACGUUGUUUUGGAAACUGAAAAGACUCUUUUGCCUCGAAAAUUUAAAUUGCACUUUACGGCAGAGAAGUGUGAUUAUUACAUAGACAAUCAAAAGGGUCGCAUUGUUUCACCACUCUAUCAUGAUACACAGCGCAGUUAUGAAGUAGUUAUCUGUACCUGGAGAUUUCGGGAUAUUAGUGGGGUAGAUCUGAUGUAUUGGAUUAAGUUUGAUGAAUUUCAUCUGACCAACAGUACUUUGCAUAUAAAACACGAUAAUCACGAAAAAGUUUUAACAGGUACUGAUGUGCCUUCUGAAUUUCCCAUACCUGAACACACCAUUUUUGAGUUGCAUGUAAAUACUAAGAUACAAAAUGAGAAAUUCUCUUUAGACUAUGUGUAUGGAGAACAUAUUGUUCCCCAAACAGCAACUCCUGGUGAUGUUGGUCCAACAACUACCCCUGUCAUUAUUAAUGAUAUCUCAUUAAUUUGUGGUAAAACUGAUUAUGUUGAAGAGAGUGGAGUGAUAACAUUGGGAAAUACAUUGCAUACCACUAUAGAUUUUGAUUGUUUUUGGAAUAUUAACUGUGAAAAUAUUCCCAAUGCUAAAGAAUUACAUAUUCAAGUUGUGGAAUUUGAAUUAGCAAACGAAGAUAAUGUUACAGUUUUAGAUUCUUCUGGGAAAGUUUUAUUUGCAUCAUAUCAUGGUAAGAAAGAACCAUUUUCAAUACUUACUGGUGUUUUAAAAUUAAAAUUUCAUGUAGAAAUAAGUAAAAAACAGAAAUUUGUAAGAAAGUUGAAAAUUGCCUAUAAUGCUAAAGAUUGUGUUAACCAAUUAACAAGUGAAAAUGGGAUUGUGCAAUUACCAAUUUUUGAAUCUGGAAAAUCUAAAAGUGUAACUUGUUCAUGGACAUUUAGUUCGUCUGAUAAGACAUUGAUUCGAAAAAUUUCAUUUAUGAAGCAUAAGUUUAAUGGAAAAUUGUCAUUAGAGGGCAAUAUUCGCCCAAAAAAUACCUACACACACAAUAAUCUUCCUUAUGCUUUGGCAAAAGAAAAUGGAGUCAUAAAGUUAACUUUUGAUACAAAUUCAGAUAAUGAAUUCAUGUUUGUUUAUGAGAAAGUAUCUGAUUGUAGUUCAUUCAUUGAACUAACUAAAGAAACUUUGAUUUCUUCAGCACUGAAAGAUAAUGCUUUUGACUAUUGGGCCAACUGCUUUUGGAUAGUGGAGAGCCCAAGAGAUUCUGUCAUUAGAUUGGAAAUUCAAAAAUUAAAUUUAAUCAAUUUGCAGGAUUAUGUAAUUGUUACUGAUGGAAACAGUGAGAAAGCUCCUUUAUUGUCUCAAAUGAAUGCUGGUAAUCAAUACAGAAUAAGUAAGAAAGAGAUAAUAUCACAAAAUAACUCUAUAAUAAUAUUUUUUCAUACUCAGUCAGUUCAUGUUUCAGAAUUUGAAGCAAAAUUAAGCAUUUCUAAAUGUCCAUUAUUUUGUGAUAAUGGUUACUGCAUGCUUGAGAAAUGGAAAUGUGAUGGAAUUAAUGAUUGUGGUGAUUACACUGAUGAAAAAGACUGCAACAAAACAAUAGUGAUCCUCCCUCCAGUUGAGCCACCGAGGGAAUCCAAAACAAGCGAUAGCAGUAAUGGAGUUUCAAACUUAGCCAUAGGAUUAGCUGUACCAGCUGCCUUUAUUGGUGGAAUACUAGUCACAAUAGCAUGUGCUGCUGGAAAGCAAAUGUAUAGAAACCGUGUAUCCCAAGAUUAUGGAGCAUUCCCAAUAUUUAAUGAUCCAUGAAGUUCAAACAGCUCUUACCAUCCUGGGGCCAGAUUCACAAACAUCUCGUAUCAUAAGUUAAGACAAAUUUCCUUCUAAGUUACCAGAUAUGAAAAGUUUUAUGAUAUACUUUGUGAAUAUAAGUUAUGAUAUUGUAAAAAGUCUCAAAUAUUAUAUCUAAUAACUACUACCUUUUCCAGUAUACUGACUUCUAAGAGCUGAGUAUUUGUCUCCAUUGGUAAAUAAUAAAAUCAAUAGUUAUUAUCUGUUUUAAAAUAUUUCUUAUUCUAAACUACUAAGAUGUCCUCAAAUACUGAAAUGAAAAAAUUGACAAAUUUCUCAGUGGACUGUUGUGUAAAAAAUAUCUCAUUCAUUAUAAAAUUAUCCCUUUUUUAACCCCCCAAAAACUGUGUGUAUAUAUAUAUAUAUAUGGUUGUAUUGCAGUUACCAAUAUUUGAAAUAAAUGAAAAAAAAAAAAA